GGGUGACGGCCGGGCCGGGAGGUGGGAGAUGAGCGGGAGGCGAAGGCGGUUCCGCAGGCGGUGCCGCGGUUCUGCUUCAGCACAGGAGUGAGAUUUGCCAGAGUGCUCUAAGAUGUCUUACAGAAAGGAGCUAGAGAAAUACCGGGACCUGGAUGAGGACAAGAUCCUUGGAACCCUGACAGAGGAGGAGCUCAGGAAGUUGGAGAAUGAACUGGAAGAGCUGGACCCUGAUAAUGCAUUGCUGCCGGCAGGGCUCCGACAGAGGGAUCAGACGCAAAAGCCACCAACUGGCCCGUUCAAAAGGGAAGAACUCAUGGCCCACCUAGAGCAGCAGGCAAAAGACAUUAAGGACAGAGAGGACUUGGUGCCUUUCACUGGUGAAAAGAGAGGAAAAGCUUGGAUCCCCAAGCAGAAGCCAAUGGAUCCUGUUCUGGAAAGUGUGACCCUGGAGCCGGAGCUAGAGGAAGCCCUUGCUAACGCCUCUGACGCGGAGCUCUGUGACAUUGCUGCCAUCCUUGGCAUGCACACCUUGAUGAGUAACCAGCAGUACUACGAGGCACUGGGUAGCAGCACUAUUGUGAACAAAGAAGGACUUAACAGCGUGAUAAAGCCCACAAAGUACAAACCAGUUCCUGAUGAGGAGCCAAACUCAACGGACGUGGAAGAAACUCUGAAACGAAUACAGAACAACGACCCUGAUCUUGAGGAGGUCAACCUGAACAAUAUUAUGAAUAUUCCCAUACCAACUUUAAAGGCCUGUGCUGAAGCACUGAAGACUAACACUUAUGUGAAGAAGUUCAGCAUAGUUGGGACGAGGAGCAACGAUCCUGUUGCUUUUGCGCUGGCAGAAAUGCUGAAGGUCAAUAACACGCUGAAGAGCCUGAAUGUGGAGUCAAACUUUAUCUCUGGGUCUGGCAUCCUGGUUCUUGUUGAAGCACUCCAGAGUAACACAUCCCUCAUAGAGCUCCGAAUCGACAACCAGAGCCAGCCUUUGGGCAACAACGUAGAAAUGGAAAUUGCGAACAUGCUGGAAAAAAACACCACCCUGCUGAAGUUUGGGUACCAUUUCACUCAGCAAGGUCCCCGGCUCCGUGCAUCCAAUGCCAUGAUGAAUAACAAUGACCUAGCUCACAUUCAGCGGUGUGAUGGUCUCUGGCAAUAGCUUCUCACCCCUACACCUGGAUGAUGUAUAAGUAUAGAAAAAAUUUUAUUUUCCUCCCUGUCAGCAAAAGCUGUUUCUGCUCCACUCCAGUGCUCUUGCCUACCAUCACCUGAUGCUACUGGUGCCCACUCUUGGUUCUGUAUUUUCUCUGCUCUAAGAUGCCCUAUCUGACCCAGCUGUGAAGGUGUUCCAUGCUCACGAGCUAACUUCUGCAUCCUCUCUAUACUAUUUUAUUCGGUUUGUUUUUCCCUCACAUACAUUUCUUGAAAAGUCAGGGAUGGUGCUGUCAGAGUAAAACAACUAUAAAUACAGAUAUGAAGCUGCUCUGACUAACUUAAUUGUGAUCAAAGGCCUGAAAACUCAAGUUGUUAGUAAAAAAAAAAAAAAAAAAAAAGUAUAUAUGUAUGUAUAUUCAAUUUGAUGGGGAGAAACUAGAAGAAAAAGGAACUAUGACAUCGAUCUGUUGUCUUCCCAUCAGCCGUUAUCACACGCCUUCGUAAGAGUCAGAUUACAAAGUUAGCUGCAUGAGCUGCAAUUGAAGAGUAAGGGAAGAAAGGCUGAAGGUGAUUUCUGACUGUAAGAACGUGACGGCAACCUCAGCCUGCUCUCCUUAUCCUUAACCUCUGUAAGGAGGGCCAUACCUGCUGCUCAAAGCAGGAAUGUGGAAGCUCAUGCUAUAAUUUAUCUUUCCUGGCAGAAAGUGUCCUUCUUACAGUGACGAAGCCACUCACAUCUUCCCAUUGCCACGGCUGACUCCUCCUCCUCUUCUUUUUCAGUGAGGAAGAGAAGACUCGCCGAGCUGAACGGGCCUAUUUUUCCCAAGUGCAGAACUGGAGUGUAGCUGCCAGCCACGGAGGUCAUUCCCAGCGGGUCUGUGCUACUGUGACAACCUAAAGGCAAAGAAGUGCCUCGAGAGAGUUAUUUGUGGUGCCUCGGUUCUGUUUCAUGCACUAACAGUUUAAAGUAACUAGUGGCUGUAGUUGAAGAGUUUUAUCCAGUAGCACUGUUGAUGUUUUCUGUAGAGCUGGAAACUAUUCAAGCCAGUAACCUGCCGAUGUUGUGCAACCUCAGCUGAGCGUACACCCCGGUGUAAAAGUAACUGCAGUGACCUGGGACCUCAUUUUUCUAUAAACCUGCACAGUGUUUCACGGAGGCAGCAUGUGGUACAGUGAGAGAUACAACUCUUCCACACAAAUUACAGAAGUAUUAGAAAAAUACUUUAUUUUUUUCCCAAAAUGAUCUCAAGUAGCUGUAGAGGAGCAACUAGUUUAACAAGAACUUCUACUAUUCAGAAACAUGGCUACAUUAGAUAAAUGCAAAGUGUACUUUUUUUUAAACCAACAUCUGCCGAGUCAGUUAGUUAGAGGUGCUGCUUCUCAAAUGAAUCCCCAUGUUUCUUAGAAAAGACUGAUCCCCCCCCACCGCCAUGCAGUUAAGUUGAACUUAAGGCCACCAAUUGUGAAAUAAGAGUCUCAAAAACUGAGCACUGGAGAAUGGUUUAGCAUCAUUCUACCCCAUUUGUGUAUUUGAAUAAAAACAUCACUUUCAGGGAUCUGAUGCAAAUCCUGAGUUUGGCCUGAAAUAGCCAAACUAAUCAGUAAAUGAGAGUCCUCUCUUCUAAUCCCCACAUUUUCAUGACUUUAAAAGUGCACGUCCAGAUUCUCACUGGAAACAAGUCAAAUCCCCUUUCUUUGCUGCUUUAUCAAGAUGACCCCGUCCAUCCAAUUUCGUUAUGCUGCAGAUUGUUUUGAUUAAUGCCACCCCUAACAUAUGCAUAGGCAUAAAUGCAAGGCUAAACACCGUGUCCUCAGAAAGCUGCUAACAAACAUCAAUAUCCUGACUCCAAACUUAGACUGAGCACAGCCUGAAGCCUCUCUGUUGCUCCUAGAGUAAUUCCCCCUGGGGAUACGCACCUCCCAGGCACGCAGAGCAGAGGACCCAGGACAAUCCCAUCCGACAUCCCUGCUAGGAUCCCGACCCAUAGGAAGACUUGCCAGGCAAAAGCAUUGCUGUGCAAAAGCCUUAUUCUUGGUCUGACAACAACACAUCCUAGCAAGAGUUCUCGCCUACAGUAACCUACCUGCACAGAUCUGUUAAAAGUAGUUCUGCAGCCUCCUACACAUACUCCAGCAAAAGCCCCACAGAUUUCUACAGAGUUUGUGCACAAACAUCAUGCAUUUUGGCUCUGGCCAACAGAGCAGAGAAACACUGUGCUUCUAUCAGUGUGGGAAAAUUUGUCGUUCUUCAAAGCUUAAUAAAUGUGCCAGCAAUGCCAAAUAAAA